AUGGACGGUGACGAGAAACCGAUUAAGCGCUUGGCGCCCAGCGUCACGAUCAGUGACUGCGCGUCUGAGGUCUUUUGUACGAGGUUUUCACCCGAUGGGAAGCUCCUGGCGGCUGGAUGCGGUGAUGGGGCCAUUCGAGUGUUUAAUGUGCACGACGGCAAGUUGUCGUACACUUUGAUACAGCCGCAAAGCAGCUACGGCUUCGGUUUACCGUGCACGGCCAUCAGGUUCCGUCCUCUCACCAGUGCCACCAAGACCAAAAACGUGCUGCUCGCUGCAAAUUCCAAUGGGUCGGUAGAGCACUGGCACAUCACGUCGGGCAAGUGUCUGAACGCCAUCACAAAUACCCAAAAUCAACUGUACGCUCUUGACUAUCGCGAGGAUGGAGCCCUGUUCGCUACGGGGGGCAAAGAUCAUGGCAUUCGAGUCUACGAUGAAGCCACAAAAGCUGAGGUGGCGUGCAUGGAUAGUGGCCACGGUACUCUCACUGCAGGCCACUCGAACCGCGUCUUCUCCAUCAAAUUCGCUCCAGAAGAUGACAACACCAUCGUCUCUGGUGGGUGGGAUAACACACUUCAGAUCUGGGAUAUUCGCGUGGGUCACUCGGUCCGAAGCAUCUACGGACCUCACGUGGCAGGAGACGCAGUCGAUAUGAACACGCGUGGAGAGAUCCUCACGGGCUCGUGGCGUCCUGAAAACCCUCUGGAGCUCUGGGACUUUGGCUCGGGCAAGCGUCUUCUGACUGUGCCGUGGAACCAGAGCGCUAUUCGCUCGGAGCCCUGUUUCCUGUACUCGGCCCAAUUCUCCAAGUCGAAAACCGGACAGCAACUUAUCGCUGCGGGGGGCAGUGGAUCCAACGAAGCCAAAGUGUUCAACCACGACUCGAACAACAAACUUGUGGGCACAAUCGCAGGCUUAAGUCGUGGUGUCUUCACUCUCGACUUCGCUGCUGCCAUCGACAAGAUGGUGGUGGCGGGGGCGGAUGCUGCGAUUCGCAUCAUCGACGUCUACGACCACAUUCCAGGCGAAAAGUCUCGUGAACGCCCUACGACUCCUUCGAUCAGAAAUGCCCUCAUGCCGCAUGAAAGCUUGACGCGUCUGGCCUCCCCCGCUCUAAGCACUGAAGCACUGAGAGCUCCGUCCUCACCGCUGCACAGAAUGGCUGUGCACGACAAAUGA